GACACUGUUGCAGAAGCUCUCUGCUAGUCCACUCUGUUGUGUAUUUAGAGAGGGGGCAGGGAUGCAGGAGGUUCUCUCGGAGCUACAAUUUGGCGAAGAUCGAGUUUUUGGCUCGGUGGGUGAUGCUCUUUUUGACCUCUUUUACAGCAUGGUAAUGUAGUUAAAGGCGUUGUAUGGAUGUGGAACUGGCAUACACAUGGUUUUGGAGUUUCAUCGCCUGUAUAAUACUUGCUCCUUCUAGGGUUUUGUUGAGGGGGACAUUGCAGAGAAAUCUUGGGCAUCCCCACUUUCUGUUUGCCCAAUGUGCCUGAGGGUGCAGAGUGUGGAAGAAGAAAAGGGGAGAUCUGUUUGGUGGUUAAUGGUGGGGUUUGCAGGGGUAAUGCUAGUGGGAUCUUGGUUGUAGGCUGAUCUUCCUGGUCUGCAACUUGCGUUUUUUUGCAUUCUGGGGGGAUUUUGUUUGCUGGGCAGUGAGAGAAGUGGGAGAAAGAAAAAUGGCACCAAGCUUUGAUUUUCCAGACUGGUGGUCUAAGGAGACAAGGAAGGGUACUCCUGUUGUGGUGACAAUGGAGAACCCCAAUUUCUCUGUGCUCGAGCUGGAUGGGCCUGAAGCCACAUUCCGUUCGGCCGAGAAGGAUCGCGGCAGGAACGCGAAGCAGUUUACUUGGGUCUUGCUUCUCAAGGCUCACCGGGCUGUCGGCUGCGUCGCUUGGAUGGCCAUGGCCUUAUGGGCGCUGCUUGGCACAAUUCAGAAGCGCUUAAUCUUCCAACAGGGAGUGGUGGUGGAGUCUGAGAAACCACAUAAGAAUAGGCUCUUUAGAUUCAUCAGAGCUUUCUUAGUGAUCUCUCUGGCUUUUCUGGUUUUGGAAUUGGUCGCCCACUUGAAUGGUUGGCAUUUCUAUAAGCCCAGUUUGCAUAUGCUGGAUGUGUCUGAGAUCCAAGGCUUUCUGCACGCAACUUAUUUGUUAUGGUUGACGUUUCGGGCCGACUACAUUGCUCCCCUCAUUCUGGCGCUCUCAAAAUUUUGUGUUAUUCUCUUCCUUAUUCAGUCUGCAGAUCGAAUGGUUCUUUGCCUUGGCUGCUUCUGGAUCAAGUAUAAGAAGAUUAAGCCUCGGAUAGAUGGUGAUCCCUUCAAAUCUGAAGAUGUAGAGCAGCCUGGGUAUGAGUACCCUAUGGUUCUCGUUCAGAUUCCUAUGUGCAAUGAAAGGGAGGUCUACGAGCAAUCAAUUUCCGCUGUCUGCCAGAUUGAUUGGCCUAAGGACCGGUUGUUGAUUCAAGUUCUUGACGAUUCAGAUGAUGAUAGCAUUCAGUGUCUGAUCAGAGCGGAGGUUAUGAAAUGGAGCCAACGGGGUGUGAAUAUUGUCUACCGGCAUCGUUUGGUAAGGACUGGCUACAAGGCUGGUAAUCUCAAGUCCGCAAUGAAUUGCGACUAUGUCAAGGCCUAUGAAUUUGUUGCCAUCUUUGAUGCGGAUUUCCAGCCAAAUCCUGAUUAUCUUAAGCAGACAAUACCAUAUUUUAAGAAUGAUCCGCAACUUGGGUUGGUUCAGGCACGAUGGUCAUUCGUGAACAGUGAUGAGAACUUGCUAACACGCCUCCAGAACAUAAAUCUCUGUUUUCACUUUGAGGUUGAGCAGCAGGUCAAUGGUGUUUUUCUUAACUUCUUUGGAUUUAAUGGGACUGCGGGUGUGUGGAGGAUCAAAGCCCUUGAAGAAUCCGGUGGUUGGCUUGAGAGAACUACUGUGGAGGAUAUGGAUAUUGCUGUUCGAGCCCAUCUAAAUGGAUGGAAAUUUAUCUUCCUGAAUGAUGUUAAAGUCCUUUGUGAAGUUCCAGAAUCUUAUGAAGCAUACCGUAAACAGCAGCACAGGUGGCACUCAGGCCCAAUGCAGCUCUUCCGAUUAUGCCUCCCAGCCAUCAUAACUUCCAAGAUAUCAAUAUGGAAGAAGUGCAACUUGAUUUUUCUUUUUUUCCUUCUGAGGAAAUUGAUUCUUCCCUUCUAUUCUUUCACAUUAUUUUGCAUUAUUCUUCCUCUAACCAUGUUCAUACCCGAAGCUGAAUUACCUUUAUGGGUGAUCUGUUACGUUCCUGUUGUCAUGUCAUUCCUCAACAUUCUUCCUGCUCUCCGGUCCUUUCCUUUCAUUAUUCCCUAUCUUCUCUUUGAGAACACGAUGUCUGUGACCAAGUUCAAUGCAAUGAUUUCUGGGUUGUUCCAGUUGGGCAGUUCUUAUGAAUGGGUAGUAACCAAAAAAGCUGGUAGAUCAUCAGAGCCGGACUUGCUGGCUGCAGCUGAGAGGGAGACAAAGAACUUGAACCAGCAGCUUACUCGGGGGGCUUCUGAGAGUGAACUUUCAGAGCUGAACAAGCUGAAGGAGCGAAAAUCAGCUCCUUCUAAAAAGAAGAUCAAUAAGAUAUACAUGAAAGAGCUAACUCUAGCAUUUCUUCUCCUCACUGCGUCUGCACGAAGCUUGUUGUCGGCUCAGGGCAUCCAUUUCUAUUUCCUGCUUUUCCAGGGUAUUUCCUUCCUCCUUGUAGGUCUUGACCUGAUUGGCGAGCAGGUGAGCUGAUGCAAUUCAAAUGGUUGACACCUAGAAAAAAGUGUUUCAGCUCAAGAAGCUCAUUAUGUACACCAAUUGCUCAAGGAUGGCAAUACAUAUCCAUUUGGGUGUUCGAUUCUUCACAUUUACUGAAGACAGGUGAGAAAAUUUUCCAUCUGAACAAUAAGCCUUUCUUGUUCUAGCCAAGCGAGGUAGUACUGCAAGUACCCAUGUAAGAAUUUCCUCUCUUUUCCCGCCUUAGUUCUCUGGAUUGCUCGAGCCUUUUUUGCACUCUUUCUCCGUUAUACAUAGGCAUUCAUCUCUCAUGGGGUAUUAGGUAGAACUGGUUUGUAUUCUUGUUUAGUUGUGGUUGUGUUCAGAUUCGUUUCCCAGUAUGUACCUAAAGGGUUCAGCCAAAACCCAGAAAAAGAAAGAAAGAAAGGGAAGAAGAAAAAUUGUGGAAGAAGAUUCAAAAUUGUGAGAGUUGGCUCUGGUUCUCCAAUCCAGAAAUACUGAGAUGUAAACAGUUAUCUGUAAAAUCAGUUAAUUGAGUUGAAUUUAAAGUAAUUUAUCUGAUAUA